AAAGGAGCCUUACCUAACCUUCAGACGGGCUGACCCAGAGAAUCGUCCCUGAUACCUGCGGUGCCCCGGGGCGAACGUGAAACCUUUGUAAGGCAAGGCGACUCUUGACACCAGUCGGUCAAGACGCUAAGCUACGAAACAUCCCAGGCCCCUCCCCCUCAAUGAAGACACCGAUUACAACACGUAUAUAAAGGCGCAGCUUUCGUGUCGGGAGGCAGAUAGUAGUCACCAUGGCAGUCUUUAAGGAACAAUCGCCCUUUAAGACAUACACAGGAGACUUUACAGGGUUCUUGGUGGUGGUCCUGGCGGUUCUCGUGGUCUGCGUGAGUCGCGGGAAGCGUCGUCGGACGGGGACGUUCCCGCCAGGGCCGCCCGGCUGGCCGCUGCUCGGGCACCUGCCGCUGCUGGGCCGCCGGCCGCACGUGAAGUUCUCGGAGUGGAGCCGGGAGUACGGGCCGGUGCUGGGGGUGAGGCUCGGGCCGCGUCGCGUCGUGGUGCUGAACGAUUACGAGUCGGCGCGCGAAGCGCUGGUGGUGCGGGCAGACGUCUUCUCCUCCCGACCAGACUUGUAUCUCAUGCGCCUCUUCAGCAACGGUGGGAAAGGGAUCGGCCUGGCUCCUUACACGGCCAAGUGGAAGGCGCAGCGCCGCUUCACCGACCGAACCUUGAGACGUCUUGGCAUCGGCAAGGUCACCUUCGAGGGCAAGGUCAUGCGCGAAGUGGACGACCUUGUCUCCAAAAUCAGUGACUGUCAUGGCGCCGCGUUUGACCCCAAAUAUCACGUAGGGGUGGGCGUGGUGAACAUCGUCUGUUCCUUGGUGUUCGGGGAACACUUCAAGCACGACGAUCCGUUAUUUCUUAAGCUCUUCAACGCCUUGGAGGACAUUUCUCGCUACGGGGGGUCCACCAAGCACCUGAACAUUUUCCCCGCCUUGCGGCACGUCCCGGUACUGAACAGGGGCGCCGUUCGAACCAUGGCGGCCGUCAGCAACGGACGGGACUUCAUCUCCGCCAUGAUUGGUCAACACAAGGCGACCUUUGACCCUAGCAACAUCCGGGACUUCAUCGAUGCCUACCUGUUGGCCAUCUCAUCAGAAGAAAUUGAGGAAAAACGCGACCGUUUCUUAAACGAAGAAGAACUGAGACAAGACAUUUUUGACCUGUUCAUCGCGGGGACAGAGUCCACCACAGCGACAAUCCUGUGGUCGCUUCUACUCCUCUCAGUACACCCAGAAAUACAGAGAAAACUUCAAGACGAACUUGACUCUGCCCUUGGUCCACACCAGGACGUUUCGGUGCUGGACCGGCCAUACCUACCGUACACCGAGGCCACCAUUCUCGAGGUUCUCCGGUUCAGGCCCACGCCGUUCGGCCUCCCACACGCCACCACGGCGGACGUCACGCUGGGCGGGUUUGAAAUUCCCGCCAAAACCCAGGUCCUCAUCAACAGGUGGGCGCUGAACAUGGACGACCGGAAGUGGUCACACCCCGACAAGUUCGACCCAGGGCGCUUCGUUGACCCGGAAGGACAUCUGGAUGUGCCCGUGUACUUCAGACCAUUUCUUAUGGGCCGCCGCGCUUGUAUCGGGUCCCACCUGGCCAAGAUGGAGCUUCUGCUCUUCCUCUCAACCAUCCUGCGGCGCUUCACCAUCAAACCGCCAGAGGGCACCCCCGCACAGUCCCUGGAGGGCCACCUGGGCGUCAUCCUGCAGCCUCCCUCCUUCCGAAUAUGCGCCGUGCCGCGGUCAACAACGGAGAACUAGAAAUAUGAUUAUUAUUUCGUAAACUGAAAUUGACUUUGGGGAGGUUUAAGGACAAUCUUCCAGAAGACUGCACACAAUUUGAAAUGUCUUAUUAAUCCCAAACAAAAUUCUUCGUUUAUACUAUAAAGGACUCGAGAUCAAAAAUAAUAUUAGCAUUAUCAAAUGUAUACAUGUAUAACAUAUGUAUGUGUGUGAGUGCGUACGAAAUUAUUCCUUUGAAUUACAUGAAUUUGGGCCAAAGAACAUCCGAUAUUGGACAUCAUAUAACAGUUUUAUAAUACCACAUGACAUGUAACGCACACGUACCUUUGAUGGGAGCACAGUAUGAUCUAAUCGCGGCAGCAUGUAUUUCCGUAAAACCACCUCACAGGAGUGGAACUGAAAGCGAUUUUUGGACCUCAAAGUUGUUUUAGUCAGUCAGUCUAGGUAGAAUAGAAAUCCAGCGAAUGUAGAAAUGUUGGCGGUGCUUUUAUGUUCGUGGUUUUUAUGGCCACUUCACCCGAACACAAAACAACAGAGAACAUUUUUCUAUUGCAAUAUACGGGACUACAUAUAUAUGGUGCUGUCGCGAACGCGAAACCACCGCACCGCGGACACUCCAUAUUCUCAUAAUCAAUAUCAUGAUUGAAAUUAAAUCCCCGUGAACUUCAGUGCAACAGUUUUUCGAAGUAUGCAGUUGUCUCACGACUUAAUUAUGGAAACUAUGUUUUAGAUAAGUUAGAAGCAAUACAUGAAUAUAUGUGUGUGUUAGUUACCACACAACAUUGCAACGUUACAUUCUUGUGAUAUCGCUAGUAUGCACAUGUACAUUUGUAUAUAGACUGAGGCUAUUUAUUAAAUAAAGUAUACAUGAACAAUGACAAGGGCUUCGGGAUGCUGAAUUUAAUCAAGGUGAACAUCCGCUCCGAUGGUCUUCUCACCAAUCUAUAAGCAGAUGCAACGUUAGCAGUUAUCAUUUAGACGUAUAUUGAGC